AUGGCAGACGAGCCCAAACGCCAGGAGACCACUUCUGAGGAUUCCGGAGCCGAUGAAAGAAUAGCCGAGCCAGCUUCGAAGAUCAAGAAAGAAGAGGAACAAACCAAUGUAAAGGAAGAGCCGCCGAAGAAAGUCGAGGAACAAAAGAGCACCACGUCGGCCGCCCAAGUAUUCCACGACGAGGUGGAGAUUGAGGAUUUCGAGUUCGACGACGACGCUGGCGUCUAUCAUUACCCCUGCCCGUGCGGCGAUCGUUUUGAGAUUACGCAGGAGGCUUUAGAGGGCGGCGAGGACAUUGCCACGUGCCCCUCCUGCUCGCUGAUCGUGCGCGUCAUCUACGAGCCGGACAUGUUCAUGAAGUUCGAGACGCUCUCCAUAGCGCCGGUGAAGAAGUCGGAAGUAGCU